ACAGUAGAAACUGCCUUCCCUGCCAGUCAUCUCCAUAAAGUAACAUGAGCUCUGGAUUUUGAACAAGUAGGAAGUGAAAGCCGAGAGCAGGCUUUGGCGUGUCAAAGUGCUGCAUGCCUUGUCAGUGACUGUUGUGUGGCCUUUGUCUGAGCUUUUAGCAUUUUAACUCCUUUCUUAUAACUGGAUUACAAGGAUGUGAAGACCCACUCUGCCAGCGGCCUUGAAGGAAAACCUUUUUUUUUUUCAAAAGCAUAGCCCUUUACAACAAUGACUGCCGUGACCACACUGACAAAAAUCGGAUAUGAUGUAGUGACAAGAGAAGAUCCUGAGAAGGAUCGAUCUGUUCUGUUUUAUGGCUGCAGUGCCUCACAGUUCAGAGAGGAAACAGAGUACAUUAAAAAGAUACGCUCUACACUGGAGAAAGUACGAACGCAGGUAUUUGGAGAUGACUGUGAUGGUUGUAGAAGACAGACAUCAGGUGAUGAGGUACGGAAUCAAACCCCAUGGAAUUCAAGUGACUCUGAGACAAGAGCCACCAGCUUCUACUCCAGAUAUCAUCAGAUCUUAGAAGAUAUCAAAGAAAAGGACCGUCAGCUCUAUCACAUCAACUUGGAGAACCAGGAGCUAGAAAUCAGGCUCGAAGCAUCACGCGAGGCUGGGGCUGGGGCCCUGAGAGAUGCGUCAAGAAAACUGUUUGACAUGUACCAAAUGCGUCUGGAGGAAGUUAGGAGGAAGCACUUGGAAGAUAAACAGAUACUCCAGGCUUACACUGAGGAGCAGGAGCAGAAUUUAAGGAAACGCAUGGAGAUGGCAUCAACACUUGAAGAAAAGCAAACCAGAGUCUCAGAACUGGAAAAGCGGGUAGAAAGAAUGGAAAAUGCUUACACUGAGGAGCAGGAGCAGAAUUUAAGGAAACGCAUGGAGAUGGCAUCAACACUUGAAGAAAAGCAAACCAGAGUCUCAGAACUGGAAAAGCGGGUAGAAAGAAUGGAAAAUGAAAAGAAAGUGUUGACGGAGAGAAACAAAUUCAUUGAAAAAGAGACGCUGUCAAUUUCACAUAACCAUCCAGGUGAUAUUAAAAGCUUAAGGGCUUGCCAAAUGGAAGCAGCUGUUCUUCGGGAGAAAAUGUCCCAUCUUGAUGACAUUGUUCUCAGCCAGAACAGAAAACUGCGGAGUUCCAUACAGCAAAUUGAGCAGUUAAAGAGAGAGCUGUCAGGUCAAGAUAAAGUUUUAUGGAGCCUGCAUGAAAGACUUCUCUCGGCAGAAGCACAGAAUAAAGAGCUGAAGUACAAGGUGGAUUUCUGGUCCAGCCAGCACCCUGAGGUAGCUUCAACUGCAGUAUCAGUCAACUCACUUCCACUGAAAAGGAAGUUUCCCCUGCCGAGGCUCACAACUAUCUCACACUCAAUAACUUCAUAUGGACUUCAGUCCAGUGGCACUACCUGCGAAUGCAAAAACAGCAGCUGCUUGGUAAAGGAAUAGUCAUUUCCAGCUGGUUGACUUUUCAUUUACAACGCGGAAGAAAGAGAAACAUAUCAUCUGAACAUUUGGGCUGAUUUCCAGGAGAGAAAACACAACUCUUCAGUCCAGUCAUAAGAACUGCCCUUUAAGAGAUCUCUAAUCCUGUUCAGUAUUAGAGCAGUAUAUUCAUAGUACAAGAAUGAACAUUUGAGAAUUUGCUGCUUUAGUAACACAUCCCUAUAUUGUGUGACUGUAUAAUGUCUGUAUAAUAAAUAUACCAGUAGUUACAACCUACUGCAAAAGCCAGGAUGCUGAAGUUUAUUUGUAUUUUAAAUAAAUAUUCACAUAUGCAUGUUGUGCUGAUGCUAGGAAAAUCAAGACAAACAGGUGGUAGGUGCAGAAGUGAAAAUGAAAAUGAAACAAUGUUGUGCUGAGCCAUAACUUCAUUUAAUGUUUCAGGCAGUGCUGUUGAUUACAUAAGAACAUAAGAACAUAAGAAAGUUUACAAACGAGAGAAGACCAUUCAGCCCAUCUUGCUCGUUUGGUUGUUAGUAGCUUAUUGAUCCCAGAAUCUCAUCAAGCAGCUUCUUGAAGGAUCCCAGGGUGUCAGCUACUGGGGAGUUGGUUCCAGACCCUCACAAUUCUGUGUAAAAAAGUGCCUUCUAUUUUCUGUUCUGAAUGCCCCUUUAUCUAAUCUCCAUGUAUGACCCCUGGUCCUUGUUUCUUUUUUCAAGUCAAAGAAGUCCCCUGGGUUGACACUGUCUAUACCUUUUAGGAUUUUGAAUGUUUGAAUCAGAUCGCCGCGUAGUCUUCUUUGUUCAAGACUGAAUAGAUUCAAUUAUUUUAGCCUGUCUGCAUACGACAUGCCUUUUAAACCCGUGAUAAUUCUGGUUGCUCUUCUUUGCACUCUUUCUAGAGCAGCAAUAUCCUUUUUGUAACGAGGUGACCAGAACUGAACACAAUAUUCUAGGUGAGGUCUUACUAAUGCAUUGUAGAGUUUUAACAUUACUUCCCUUGAUUUAAAUUCAACACUUCUCACAAUAUAUCCGAGCAUCUUGUUAGCCUUUUUUAUAGCUUCCCCACAUUGUCUAGAUGAAGACAUUUCUGAGUCAACAUAAACUCCUAGGUCUUUUUCAUAGUUCCCUUCUUCAAUUUCACUAUCUCCCAUAUGAUAUUUAUAAUGCACAUUUUUAUUGCCUGCAUGCAAUACUUUACACUUUUCUCUAUUAAAUUUCAUUUGCCAUGUGUCUGCCCAAUUCUGAAUGCUGUCUAGAUCAUUUUGAAUGACCUUUGCUGCUUCAACAGUGUUUGCCACUCCUCCUAUUUUUGUGUCGUCUGCAAAUUUAACGAGUUUGCUUACUAUACAAGAAUCUAAAUCAUUAAUGUAGAUUAGGAAUAGCAGAGGACCUAAUACUGAUCCCCGUGGUACACCACUGGUUACCUCACUCCAUUUUGAGGUUUGUCCUCUAAUCGGUACUUUCUGUUUUCUACCUGUUAACCACUCCCUAAUCCAUGUGCAUGCAUUUCCUUGAAUCCCUACUGCGUUCAGUUUGAGAAUUAAUCUUUUAUGCGGGACUUUGUCAAAAGCUUUCUGGAAAUCUAAAUAGACGUCUGAAUUUGGCGCUCUAUAGCAUGCUCCUAUUAUGCCUUUUGAAUUUGUGUCCAUUAUUCUGACCCAUAUUGAUUCUGCAUUGUUUUCUUUGUCCUGAUUUAACACCGGGGCUUGAAGACUAUUUCUUAUGUAUAGCGCUAACCCUCCGCCUCUUCUGUCCUGCCUGUCUUUCCUAUAUAGUGUGUACCCACUAAUAUUAUAUUCGUCUCCAUCACUCUGACAACCAAGUUUCUGUAACACCUAUCACAUCGUAGUUACUUGUUAGUGCAGUAGCUUCAAGUUCUAACAUUCUGUUUCUGAGACUUCUAGCAUUAAGAUAAAUACAUUUAAUAGUGAUCUUACUUGAGUUGUUGCCCUUGUUUAGAUGUGGUCUCCCUUCUGUUUUUUUGUUUUCUCCCCCCUUGCUUUAUAGUUUAAAUGCUUCUGGACCGCCUGAAGGAUCCUUUCUCCGAGUAGAUUGGUUCAGAUGUUCAAGCUUUAAAUGUGUAAAAUGAACACAGUGAGUAUGUUCUUAAAGCGAAGAUGAUAUUUUCUCCUUGGUUCUAGAAACAGUCCAAACUGCAAUGGAUUCACUAUAAUUCACAAAGUAUAUUCAAUCUAUAUAUAUAUAUAUAUAUAUAUAUAUAUAUAUAUAUA